AUGCCCCUGUUCCUUUUAUUCUUUACCAUCUACACAGUUACUGUUUUGGGAAAUCUGGGCAUGGUCAUGAUUAUCCAGAUCAAUCCCAAACUCCAUACCCCCAUGUACUUCUUCCUCAGCCAUCUUUCUUUUGUUGAUUUCUGUUACUCUACAGUAGUUACACCCAAACUAUUAGAAAACUUGGUUGUGGAAGACAGAACCAUCUCCUUUAUAGGAUGCAUUAUGCAAUUCUUCUUUGCAUGCAUAUUUGUGGUGACGGAAACAUUCAUGUUCGCAGUGAUGGCCUAUGAUCGAUUUGUGGCAGUUUGUAACCCACUUCUCUACACAGUUGUCAUGUCUCAGAAGCUUUGCUCCUUAUUGGUGAGUGCAUCAUACUCCUGGGGUAUAGCCUGCUCCUUAACAUACACAUACUUUUUGUUGACCUUAUCCUUUUGUGGGACUAACUUCAUAAAUAACUUUGUCUGUGAACAUGCUGCCAUUGUCUCUGUGUCCUGCUCUAACCCCUACAUUAGCCAGAAGAUCAUUUUAGUCUCUGCCACGUUCAAUGAAAUAAGCAGCUUGAUGAUCAUUCUUACCUCCUAUGUUUUUAUCUUUAUCACUGUCAUGAAGAUGCCUUCAACUGGAGGUCGCCACAAAGUCUUCUCAACAUGUGCCUCUCAUCUGACUGCUAUUACAAUCUUCCAUGGGACCAUCCUAUUCCUCUACUGUGUACCUGACUCCAGAAGUUCAUGGCUCAUGGUCAAGGUGGCUUCUGUGUUUUACACUGUGGUCAUCCCCAUGCUGAACCCACUGAUCUACAGUCUCAGGAACAAAGAUGUGAAGGAGACAGUAAAGAAGUUAAUUAAUGUUAAAUUGUUCUGUGACAAAAUAUAA